UUUAAAGUGGAAUUACGCGCAUUUUUCAAGUAAAAAACCAGCUGAAAAUAGAUGUCAGUGUAAAAAGGGUGGAGAAAAUUAUAGCUUUUAACCCAAUAAACCAAACUUCCUGUUACCAGUACGAAAUAACUUCCAAAUAUGACUUUUUCUUAUUUUGACUGGGGCAGUCUUUUUGAGAAAAGUCAAACUGCACGCAGGAGUUGCUUCCCUUCAACUUCUGAAAUCCUGUCUAUAGAGUGUUUUAAAGAAAUAAAGAGGAGUGUUGACUAAGAUGCCUGAAACAGUUGUAGAGAAUGGAGUCCAGAUAGAAAUUCCUGAAGGGCUAAAACCGUCAGAACAAGUGAAAUAUUACAAUCCAAGAUUAGCAAUACUCAGGGAGGCAAUUCUUGCAACUUUAAAGAUUGAAACUGACAAUGUGGACAAACAACUUCAGUGUCUAGAUGCUUUUUCUGGAUCUGGCAUUACUGGGUUGCAGUGGAAGUUACAUUUAGGGGACAAGGUCCAUGUUGUCCUGUCAGAGGGGACACAAGUGAAGACUUCAUGUGCACUGAAUGAAAUACAGCAGACUGAUUGGCUACUGGAUCCGUCACACAUCCCUGGGCAGUUGCCAGCUGAAAAACAAAAUAAACAAGAAGUUCAUGUCUGUCCCUACAAAACCAAUGUAGUGUUACAUGAAGAAGCAUUCAAUUUUGUGUUUCUUCAGCAGCUGUUCAACCAUAUUGCUUUAUAUACAGACUCGGUGUUCUCAAACCUGCGUCACAAUGGCAUUGCAUGUUUCUUGAUACCAAACAUGACCAGUCCAUGUUUCCGAUCACCCAAGCUCAUACAGAGGUUGUACAAUGCUCAUACACAGAAAACAGAGUAUGUGGAUGAACUUGCAGUGAGGGUUUUCAUUGCAGACAUCGCAAAAGUAGCAGCUAGGCACCUGAGGGGCAUUACUGUGUUGUAUUCCAUUAGUGCUGGGGACCAUUUCCUUGUAGUUGUCAGGGUAACUAAAAACAACAAAUCAGCAAUCAGCAGCAUAGAGAACUGCAGAUCAAUCCUCCAUUGUCUGAUGUGUGAGGAGAGAAUUGUAUGCCCACAAACAAACUCACCAGUAGAGAGACCAUAUUCGCAGCUGCCAUGUGACUGUAAGACAAAACAUCCUGGGAAAACAGCUGUUAUACUGGGUCCCCUUUGGGUUGGAGAAAUAUUCAGUGUUGGCUUCAUUGAACGGUUACAGACAAAAACAAAAGACAUAUCCACGGAAAUAGGUAUAAAACUGAGAACAUUUUUGAAUUCCCUAUUGGAAGAAGCACUGUGUCGCGGAGAAGCUCAACAGUCAGUCAUCAGUGAAAAUACGGAGACGGUGACAAAACAUAGCAAUGUAAGUAACAAUGGAGAUAGUUGUGAACCGGCAAAGAAAAAGCAAAAGUUGGAGAAUGGAGGUGAAAGUGCAAGUGAAAUACAAGAAAGAAUCACAAAUACAGAAAAGGAGUCAGACUUAAAGAACGUACAAUCAGUCGCAAAUGCAAAGACAUUGAUACAUGAACAGGGUGGUACAAACAUGCCUUUAUUCUACUACAAUAUCCAGACAAAGAAAUACAGAAUCUUACCAAAAUUGGACAAGUUAGUGAUAAUGUUACGUGCAGCUGGUUAUCGUGCUUGUCGGACACACUUUCAGGAUCAUGCUGUACGAACAAGCGCUAAUCUUAGUCAGCUGAACGAAGUAGUUCACAAACUGGCUAAAAAAUGAGGAAUAUAACUCACCAGUUACCGUGCUAUGACAACUGUAAUAACAGAUGAAGAAUAUGUCAUUAGCUAGUCAACGGCCUUAAAGACAGCUUGGAUAACAACAGAUGACUAAUGCUGGAAGGAUAACUACGAAUUUUAUAAAUAAGUUAUAAAUCCCCCGCCGUGGCGGAGGGAUUAUAGGAAUGGUCUGCGUCCGUCCGUCCGUCCUUCCGUCUUUCCGUCCUUCCGUCCGUCCGUCCUUCCGUCCGUAACAAAAUCGUGUCCGGUCCAUAUCUCCUAGACCCCUUGAAGGAUUUUCAUGAAACUUGGGUCAAAUGAUCACCUCAUCAAGACGAUGUGCAGAACCCAUGAGUCAGCCUUGUCGGUUCAAGGUCAAGGUCACAACUCAAGGUCAAAGGUUUGAGCCUGCCAUUUUGUGUCCGCUCUAUAUCUCCUAAACCCCUUGAAGGAAUUUUAUAAAACUUGGGUCAAAUGAUCACCUCAUCAAGAUGAUGUGCAGAACCCAUGAGUCAGCCAUGCCGGCUCAAGGUCAAGGUCACAACUUAGGGUCAAAGGUUUUGAGCCUUCCAUUUGUGUCCGCUCUAUAUCUUCUAAACUCCUUGAAGGAUUUUCAUGAAACUUGGGUCAAAUGAUCACCUCAUCAAGACGAUGUGCAGAACUCAUGGGUCAGCCUUGUCGGCUCAAGGUCAAGGUCACAACUUGAAACUUCCAUUUUGUGUCCGCUCUAUAUCUCCUAAACCCCUUGAAGGAAUUUUAUAAAACUUGGGUCAAAUGAUCACCUCAUCAAGACGAUGUGCAGAACCCAUGAGUCAGCCAUGCCGGCUCAAGGUCAAGGUCACAACUUAGGGUCAAAGAUUUGAGCCUUCCAUUUCGUGUCCUCUUUAUAUCUCCUAAACCCCUUGAAGUAAUUUUAUAAAACUUGGGUAAAAUGAUUACCUCAUCGAAACGAUGUGCAGAAAUUAUGAGUCAACCAUGCCAGCUCAAGAUCAAGGUCACAACUAAUGGUUGAAGGUUUGAGCCUUCCAUUUUGUGUCCACUCUGUAUCUCCUAAACCCCUUGAAGGAUUUUCAUCAAACUUGGGUCAAAUGAUCACCUCAUCAAGAACUCAUGAGUCAGCCAUGUCAACUCAAGGUCAAGGUCACAACUGAAGGUCAAAGGUUUCAGCUCUGUAUCUCCUAAACCCCUUAAAGGAUUUUCAUGAAACUUGGGUCAAAUGAUCACCUCAUGAAGACGUUGUGCAAAAUUCAUGAGUCAGCCAUGUCAGUUCAAGGUCAAGGUCACAGCUAAAAUCAAAGGUUUGCCCUUUCACUAUUCAUAGCAGUGGCGGGGGAUUUAGCUGUCUUUCAGACUGCCUUGUUAAAAUCAGUAUCUUGUGGCCAUGCUAGAAGGACAACUUUAAUAACAGAUGAGGAAUAUAAGUCUGGUCGCAGUGAUGGAAGGACAACUUGGGUAAUGGAUGAGGAAUGUAUGGGAAUUGCCGCAAUGCUUAAUGGACAACAUUGAUUACAGAAGAGGAACUUUAGUGCUAUGAGGCUAUGCUAGGUCAUUUAUAUGAAGGUGUUAUUAGUGAACUACAUUCAUGAAUUGUCAGUUCUUUACAGGCUCAUCUAAUUAAUAAAUAUGACUAGACUGUGUAUCAACCCAAGAAACUUUAUUCCUGUAAUUAGGUAUUCAUAUGCAGAUAGUGAGAUACAUUCUAUCUGAAUAACUUUUUGUCACAGGAUAGGUGGGUACACAGACCACAAUUGCUUAUCAGAACAAUAUUAACAACUUGGUACAAUAUUUUCAAGCUUAGUUACAAACUCAAGAGUAUAUCGUAUAUAGAUAAAAAUAAAAUUAGAAAUAAUAAAGAAAAAAUGUACAGUUGUAAAAAUAUGCACUUAAAACACAGUUCUAUUAUCUUUUAUAAUUACACAUUGUUUUCUGUAUUAUUUAUAAAUUAAACUACAUGUGAAGUUG